AUGAAGGCCUUCACAACUUCCUCUCUUGCUGCCGCGCUCUAUGCGGCGACAGCCUCCGCCGACGCUAUUCAGGCUUGCCCGAAUACUGAUGUCUGCUUCCGCGUUGCUGUCCCGGCGGCUUCGUCCAGCUCCGGCAGCGGCAACAUGUACUUCCAAAUGUCUGCUCCGACCAGCUAUCAGUGGAUUUCCCUUGGCACGGGUUCGUCCAUGUCCAACGCCAAUAUGUUCUUGAUGUACGCCGACGGAAACGGCAACGUUACUAUCAGCCCUCGCACUGCGCGCGGCCACAACAUGCCUACCCUCUCGUCAAGCACCACCCUCGAGCUUCUCAGCGGCUCCGGUAUCGUGAACGGUAACAUGGUCGCCAACGUCCGCUGCACCAACUGCGCGUCCUGGAGCAGUGGUUCUAUGUCCCUGAACUCGGCUUCCAGCUCCUGGGUCGCUGCCUGGAAGUCGGGCAGCGCCCUCAACUCUGCCAGCACCAGUCAGAGCAUCCAGCAGCACGACGAGCACACCAACUUCAACCUCGACCUGACCCAGGCGACAGUCCAGACCGACAGCAACCCCUUCACGACUACCUCGGGAAACAGUGGCAAUGGAAGCGGCAGCGGAAGCGGCAGCGGCAGCGGCAGUGGGAGCGGGAAUGGCGGCUCCACCAGCGGCGGCGGUGGUGUUGUAUUUAAUGGAGGCGGUGGUGUCUCGUCCAAGGUCCUCCUCGCCCACGGGAUCAUAAUGACGAUCGUAUUCGUUGCCCUUUACCCCAUCGGAGCCAUCCUCAUGCCCUUGGUAGGCAAGUGGAUGGCUCACGCUGCUUGGCAGUCGGUUGCGUUCUUGCUCAUGUGGGCCGGCUUCGGCACUGGCUACGCUUAUGCUCGCGACAACGGUUAUCUCUUUGCGCAAACCCAUACCCUCCUGGGUACCGUAGUUGUUGCCCUCUUGGCCGUGCAGCCGUUCCUCGGAUACGCCCACCACGCCUACUACAAGAAGUUCCAGACCCGCGGUGUUAUCAGCCACGUCCACAUCUGGUUCGGCAGAAUUGUGAUGAUUCUCGGCAUCAUCAACGGUGGUCUCGGUCUCGAGCUCGCUAGCUCAUCUCGGGCCUAUGUCAUUGCGUACUCCGUGGUUGCUGCUAUUCUCGGCGUUGCGUGGAUUGGAUCCGCCGUUUGGGGCGAGAUGCGCAAGUCCAAGCGCAACACCGUCAAGCGCGAGCAGAGCCACGAGUCUCCGGAUUCCCAGCAACGCAUCCCCUACCGCCAAAAGAAAUAA